AUGAACAAGAUCACAGCCGACGGCGUAAUUAUCAAGGUCGUGAAUAUUAGCGCAUCAUUGCCCUAUGGACAAUGCUGUUUCUUGGGAGGCGUGGCUAACAUUAUCAAGGAAAUGGCUCUAUGGAGCACAUUUUAUGACUCCAUGCUUUCAUGCCUCCUUGCCGAUCCUUCCCGGAAAGUGCACCUCCAAGGGGUCGACACAAUUCCAGUUGAAGAUGCAAUCAUCGUGGAGAAACAGCAGAGACUCUUUGUGCGAUCCCCUGGAUAUGGUGAGACGAAAGCUGAAGGAAGAAGCUCCCAUGAUAUUUCUGUGAAAUUCUUCCGCCUCACAGUGUCCAACAAGGACACUGUUGAUGUGCACCAAUUGGAUUCGGCUUUCGAUUUCCAGAUUCACGGCUUCAUUAUCACGUUCUACCUAUCCCAACUUCUCCCGUCUGGACAAUUAAUGAUGCGUUAUGCCGUUUUUGUCCAGCAAUAUCGUCCUAUCCCAAGCAACUGGCAAGAUUUUGUGGAUGACUAUGAAGACACCUCGCGUACGCCCAUCGCUGCGUAUGGGCCAGUUGAUUGAAGUAGUGAAUAAUAUCUAUAGUUGUUCGUCCUUGUUGCUAAAGAUUAUUUCUCGUAUCAAAGAACCUUAUUGUUUUACGCGUAUUAGGAAAUUCGUUUACCCCGUUUCAUUUCAUUGUCUUUUCAUCUUGUUUACGUCUGAGUGCAGAAACAUUCAUCUCGCAGCCAAACACACCCCUUUUGCUCCAGUCACAGCAGCAUAAUUUGAGAGUUAACCAAUCAAAAUAGGAGAAUGGCAGCUAUAAAUUCCUUUUUUUUGGGGGGCGGGGGGCGGUUCCGACCCUUCUUUC